CCCGGCGCUGGCGGGCACUGCGGAGCCCCGGGAGCCGCGGGAGCCGCGGGGCGCUGCUCCGGCCCGGCCGCCGCCGAGCAGGCGCGGCCCGCCCGGCCCGGCCCCUCGGGCCGCCCCACGGCCGCCAUGGCGGGCGGAGCGCGGCGCCUGUACCGCCGCCUGCUGCGGCUGCACCGCUCGCUGCCGCCCGCCCUGCGCGACCUGGGCGACCGCUACGUCAAGGAGGAGUUCCGGAGGCACAGGGCGGCCGAGCCCGCCGAGGCGCAGCGCUUCCUGCGGGAAUGGGAGAGCUAUGCAGCCCUGAUCCAGCAACAGAUUAAUGAGGACAAACACAACUUGAGAGAAAAGCCUGUAUAUGGAAUUCAGCUCACAGAAGAAAAACUUAAUGACUUCCGUGACGAACAGAUUGGGCAGCUGAAGGAACUGAUGGACGAGGCUACCAAACCUAAUAAAAAAAUCACCAUUUCUAAAGACUCAGAACACAAAACCUAAAAGAUUAAAACAAAUAUUUUAAUGCACGUGGAAGUAUUUUGAAACUGCUUUUUCCAGUUGUACUUGAAUGUGGUUUCUGUGAGAUAAUGGGCGCUGCUGAUGCUAUGACUUGUCUGAAAUGGAUGUGUUUGGCUUUCUGUGCAAGAAUAAAUGGAAGAAUGGAAUAAUCACAACACUUUUAUGUUAAUUGCAUUUUUUUCUCCUUUUUUUUUCUUCCUCCUAAUGGAUGUUGAAGACUGAAAAAGUCUGGGAAAAGUAAAUUGACAUUUUUAAAAUAUGGAGUUGUUAGUUUUGGGGUUCUUGUUUUGUAAUCUUGGCACCUAUAGGGCAAAAGAU